AUGUUUAAACUAGCUUCUCUCCUGUUGUUACUGCCUGUUAUAUACGCCCACGUGCGUGUGGACGUGACGACCAGGGAUGGCCAGGACGUGGGCGCCGUGGGCAGCUCCGUGAGAACCGUGACGGAAGCGGAUAUGAAGACAUUUGGAUUGACGGAGGAGGUGCUACGGAAAUCCGUGUGGUCCUACCUCGGCGCUGUACCUGAUAAUGUGUUCUAUAAAAGCCCGACCCUAUUUGGAGAUCUCUAUAAGACGUUAAACUGGGAGCCAGUCAAGAUGAUGAUGACGCCGAUCAAUACUUCAAUACUCUCUGUAGCGAUGGAACCGACCCUCGUGAUGACGAAACAUUUGUUCAAUAAUAAAACCGAAGAUUUAGAUAUUAAGACUGAUGUACAUCAAACUUUUGUGAACACUGUGUCUGCGACGUGGGAUAAAGAGGGAGAAUUAGGUGUUGAGAAGAUUCGUCACGGAUUUGAUUUCGAUACUGCCAUGGACCAUAGUUAUUUUUCCUUCGUUUCCAAGAUGGGAGAAGAUUUUGAAAGGAGUUGGCCGAUGACUCUCCAUACUGAAGUUCAAGUUACUUUGAAGCCGGAUCAACAUGUGAUUGCUGAAGUUUACGCUACUAAGAGAACUGCUAUUAUGAGGGUAGAUUUCGAGACCACUUUAACCGGGACUGUAGCUAUUAACUUCGAUAAGGAGUACAAGGGUCAUCGUUUCUGGUCAUUGGAUAUAAACACUCUACUUCUAUCAGACGGCCUCAACCGCUCGAUGCACUUCUCGGAGGUUUUGGAGUUAGUUCACUUCACGGAAGCUUCACUCGUCAUUAAAGACGCUAACACUCACGAGCUUCUCUCAAAGACAGCUGUUCACUUCCAUUAG